AUGGAUUGGGCGGCCCCAAAUCUUCCGCAAACCAAACCCAACACCUCGGCCGUAUCCGACGGCCCCACCGGCAAUAUCCAUCUUGACCCUCAAGUACAGCGAGAAUUGGCCCGUCUGGCCGAUUCGAUUCCAUUCCGGCCGAAAGCGCGGUAUUUGCAUCAUACAUGGGCUCAGACCUUCUUCUCCCGGCCAGAACUAUACUUCCAACCGGCAUCUGUACCAGAGCUGCAGAAGAUAGUCACGCUCGCACGAAGGUGCCGCAGACGCCUAUGUGUGACCGGGUUCGGACAUUCACCCUCUGAUCUGACAUGCACAUCUUCUUGGCUCAUCAACCUCGACAAUCUCAGCGAGGUGCUAGAAGUUGAUGUCGACAAUACACCUGGACUUACUCGCUUCCAGGCCGGCAUCUCGCUACAUAACCUCAACCUUGCACUCGCCAAGCAUGGCUAUACUCUACCGAACUUGGGCUCCAUCGACGUCCAGUCCGUGGCGGGAGUAAUAUCGACGGGGACGCAUGGCUCGAGUCUCAAGCACGGGUUGAUAUCCGAAUCCAUCACCUCGUUGACGAUUCUGCUAUCAAACUCCCAAUUAGUCACGUGUUCCGCGACUAAGAACCCGCAACUCUUCAGGGCAGCGCUCCUUUCGCUGGGCUCGCUGGGUGUUAUCGUCGAGAUUACAUUGCAGGCCGUGCCGGACUUCAAUGUGUCAUGGUCGCAGUCUCUUCAUUCCCUUGCAUCCGUGCUGGACUCGUGGGACAAAGAUCUCUGGACUUCCGAAGAAUUCACCCGUGUCUGGUGGCUGCCUUAUCUUCGCCGUGCAGUCGUCUGGCGUGGCUCCAAAACCGAUGCUCCCACUCGGCCACCAAAUACCACCUUUUACGGCGGCGCGGUCGGAUAUUACGUCUACCACAACCUGCUGUAUCUGUCCAACAUGGUCCCACGCAUUCUUCCCUGGAUUGAAUGGUUUGUGUUUGGCAUGCAGUAUGGCUUCAAGCCGGGCAGGUUUGUCAUGUCGGCCGUCCAACCUGCCCGGGAAGGGUUGUUGAUGGAUUGCCUGUACUCGCAGUUUGUGAAUGAGUGGGCUCUCCCGCUGUCCAAGGGACCUGAGGCCAUUAAGAGACUCUCUGCCUGGAUCAACCAUGAAGACGAAUCUAAACACGGUAUCCCAGUUUCCAGUAAAGGAAUCUGGGUCCACUGUCCCGUCGAAGUGCGCGUCACCCACACCGCUAGGACCGUGCCUAAUGCCUCUGGUGUCAGACCGUAUCUCGAUCCUACGGUCAAGGAUGAACCUACAUUGUAUCUGAAUGCAACCUUGUAUCGACCUUAUGGUCGUGACCCGCCUUGUCACGAGAGAUACUAUCAGGCCUUUGAGUACUUGAUGGAAGAACUGGGUGGUCGACCUCAUUGGGCCAAGAACUUUUUGGCCACCAAGGAGCAGAUCGGCGGUAUGUACGGUCAAGACAUGGUGGAGUUCCUCAAAGUUCGCGACGAGAGUGAUCCCGAAGGCAUGUUUUUGGGAGAAUGGCAUAAGAGAACUCUCCCGUUGAGUUUGGGGUCUUGGGAGGGCAACAAAGAGAAACCCAAAUUCAGCUUGAUGGAAGAGGAAGUUCGUCGAUCCAAGAAAGGUCUUGGUUGGGGUUUUGGUGAUGGCUUGCUGUGGGAAGGGCGUGUUGUGGAUGGAUUGAGUGUUCCAAAGGAUGAUGAGGGUGUCUUUGAAGAUAACGCAAAGGCGAGCGAUGAUGCCCCGAGCCCUCCUGUUACAACGACGAGCGAGGAAUCGUUCGAUUACAUGGCCAAGGGUGAGGCUAGCGUUUACGCGGAAAAAUAG